AUGCAGUCGGGGAGUGUCAGAGUAUCCUCCUUGCCCUUGGGGAAACAGCUGGUAUGGACGCCAAUUCGCCCAUUUACGAGCCAUAGGCCACAGCUCGAACAGCAAGCAGCAACCCCAACCCAACACACUCCGGAGACCAGAGUUGACGAUAUCCGGAAAGCCUGGCCGGAUGUAUAUCCCCGGAUAGGCCACGAUUCAUCUUCACUCACAUGCGCGGAAUUCCGGUCAAAGUACGAUGGGAUACAGCCGAAUGAAACGGUAGAGGACGAUACGGUAGUGCUCUAUGGUAGGAUACGGUCUCAGCGGACGGCUGGAAAGAAGUUGAUAUUCUUCGAUCUCUUCCAAAACGGACAUAAAGUGCAGGUUCUAUGCAAUCAACGCAUUGUCGAGGAGGCAGGGAUAUCACCUGAGCGGUUUAAAGAAUUCUACCAUCUUCUCCGGCGUGGUGACUCCUUCUCUGUGACUGGAAAGCCACAUCGUACUGGCCGAGGGGAGCUGACGAUCAAGACGACCGAGUUACCAAAACUUGUGUCUCCGUGUCUGCACGAUGUACCUGUCCAUCAGAAGCAGCUGGAGAUAUCUCCAUACGACAGGCAUGUCGAGCUCCUCUCCAGCCCCAGUGCGGCCAACAUCCUUCGCGCGCGGUCGCUGAUAACCCACUCGAUGCGGAACUUUUUCGCCCAAAGGGACUUUAUGGAGGUGAACACUCCGAUCCUUGCUUCCAAAUCAGGCGGAGCAAUGGCGCAACCCUUUGUGACGAGUGCGACUGAGUUUCCGGAACGGCCGUUGUCUCUCAGGAUAGCCCCCGAGUUAUGGCUUAAACGCCUGGUCGUUGGCGGGUUUGACAGAGUGUUUGAAAUAGGGCCGUCAUUCCGUAAUGAAGGUCUUGACAAGACUCAUAACCCGGAGUUUACCACGUGUGAAUUCUACCAGGCGUUUGCAGAUCUCGAAUCCCUGAUCGAGACUACGGAGUCACUACUCUCGACCCUGGCUCCCGAGAUCCAACGACUAAAUGAAAGGCUGAACAAUUCACUGAACCCGACGCCCGUGAGCUUUACAGGGCCAUAUCGACGUGUCGACUUCAUCCCUGCCAUCGAAGAGGCUGCCGGCGUGAAGCUGCCCGACCUCCAGUCCGACGAUGCGCUCUCUCAGGUCCAGCAGAUCUUCGCCGACCUCUCACUUCAGCUUCCGACUCACCAGACCCUUCCCCGACUCCUGGACAAGCUCUGCUCUACCUACGUUGAGUCGCAGCUACACGAGCCUACCUUUGUCGUGAACCACCCCGAAUGCAUGUCGCCACUGUCCAAGUCCUUCCGCCAUCCGGAGAACGGACAGGUGGUGUCUGCACGGGCCGAGCUGUUUGUGGAAGGUAAAGAGAUAAUGAACAUGUAUGAAGAGGAGAAUUCACCGUUCGAGCAGAGACGCAAGUUUCAGCAGCAGCUAUCAUUCCGCGACCCCGAGAACGCCGGAGAGCUGGACGAGGGAUACCUCCAGACUCUCGAGUGGGGGUUGCCGCCGACUGGAGGCUGGGGAUGCGGUCUUGACCGUCUGUGUAUGUUCUUCACGGGUGCCAGACGGAUCAGCGACGUGCUGAGUUUUGGCAACCUGCGGAGUGUGACGGCGACGGAACCUAACUCUUCGGCUAAGUAG